GGGAUAGCGGGGGGCCCAUGGAUCAAAGAUUGGGGUGUGUCCCUCGUCGGCAGAGCUGUGUAUGCACUGUAUGGCCGCUGUUACUGUCCAGAGUCCACCAGAACUAAAUUCCUUUCCUCUCUCUGCCACAGACUAACCAGCUGCUGCUUUGAUUAUCCCCUCGGGUGGAGGGAUCAGGAGCGGGCUCCUGUUUAUACCUUGCUUUCCAAGCAUAACACAAAGCACGGGGCAGGCUCCCAGCAGCUGUGUCCUGGGCGCUGGGAGAUGAAUGGGGUGUGUGGGGGGUGCUGUUCUGCCCUUUCUCUUAGGGAUUGGGCUCUGCUGGAGCAGGAGACUCUGGAGAGGCUCACUGCCCCUUGCCUUCCCCUAGGCACCCCAGAAGCUGUCAGGAUUGGGGGGAGGUGGCUGGCAUAGCGGGUUCAGCCCCCUAACUGCCCUGGAACCCUGCAGCCUGGUUGCCGAGCUACCCCAGAACACAUCUGGCGCUCUCUCCUGGCGACGCCAUGUGGCCCUUGCUGUGGAUGACUGUGCGGACCUACGCCCCUUACGUCACCUUCCCUGUGGCCUUUGUGGUGGGGGCAGUGGGCUACCACCUGGAGUGGUUCAUCCGUGGUGACUCCCCGCAGCCAGCUGAGGAGGAGAAGAGCAUCUCAGAGCGGCGGGAGGACAGGAAGCUGCAGGAGAUUGCGGGCAAGGACCUGACCGAGGUGGUGAGCCUCAAGGAGAAGCUGGAGUUCACCCCCAGGGCUGUGCUGAACAGGAACCGUCCAGAGAAGAGUUAACCAGGCUGCCCGGUUCCCCCUUUCCUUUGGGUUGGAGCUGAGCACCCAGUCCAUCUGGCUGCAGGUCAGGACCCUGGGUCCCUUAGCUGGGCUCUUGGAGUCUGUCCCAUCUCACCCAUGUGUUUUCAACCCCAAUCCACCAAUAUCUGGCUCAUGCUGGGCGUCCACCCCCGUCGCUCACAAUGACUAUCUUGUGAGGUGGCUGCUUGUUGGAGUUUCCCACCUGUGGAUGGAGGUGGAGGAGGCGGCAUGGCCAAGGAAGCAGAGCUGGGCAGCCUUGGCCAUUGCUGCCCGAGUCCCUGGCGCACCCAGUCACACAGCUAGGGAGAGGGAUGACGCUCCAAUUCCUGGAGGAGACGGCUCCACUCCCAGGGUGAACCAGGCCCUCGACGCUCGGCCCGCCCUGUCCCGGAUCCUCUGGAUCUCCCUGGAUUCUGCAGGCUUCCUUUGCAUGGAAACAGCCAAGACUUGCGUCCUGCCCAGGUGGUGGAGCAUAGCUGUGUGUCCUGGGAGCUGAAUGGCAUGGGGUCAGAGUGGGGCAAGGAGGCUUGCAUACUGCUCGCCUCCCUGUUCCUGGCUGGGAUUCACCCUCGCUUCUCAGGACCGCCAGAUUCACCCUCGCUAGCAGGCACAGCCCCUCCCCAGCCUGAGGGCUCCAGCCCCCUUUGCUAUGGUGGGUGCCCCUGGCGUCGGACUGGCAGCUAGCACAGAGUGUGAGGGAAGCUGUAAUUGCCUGGCAGGCCAGAGACUCAUGUGGGGAGCUGGAAGCCAUUUCACCCUCCUGCCCUGGGAGCCUUGGCAGGGAGCUCUGGGCGCAUUGCUGUGGGGCCAAGGUUUGGGAAAUGAAAUGACCUUGCAGUUGUGUAGAACGAAGCCAGAUUAAACCAGCCUGAGAACGCAGA